GGCUAGUGGCCGCACUCUUGGCGAGGACGCUAGGCCAGCCCUGUGGCAUCGCGUUACCUAUGCGAUACCUCCGCCUCCGCAUUCAGCCCACGACAAACAUCCACGCCAUUCCGCCGUCGAACGCCCUCACUCGCGCGAUUCGACUGUCUGCCGGCCGCCGCCACCCCCAGCGACGCCCCCAUUGCCGUAACCACCGCGGAAGUCCUCACGACGAGGCUCGACCCUCGCCAUGGCCGCACGCAAGCUCCAGCAGGAGAUCGACAAAUGCUUCAAGAAAGUCGCCGAAGGCGUCGCGACCUUCGAGAACAUAUAUGAGAAGAUAAUGCAAACGGGCAACCCCUCGCAGAAGGAGAAGCUCGAGGACCAACUGAAGAAGGAGAUCAAGAAGCUGCAACGUUCGCGGGACCAGAUCAAGACAUGGGCCGCCAUGUCCGAGAUCAAAGACAAGAAGCCAUUGCUCGACCACCGGAAGCUCAUCGAGACACAAAUGGAGCGCUUCAAGGCCGUCGAAAAGGAGAUGAAGACGAAAGCAUACUCUAAGGAAGGCCUGCAAUUAGCGUCCAAAAUCGACCCCAAGGAUAAGGAGAAGAUGGAGAUGGUCGAGUUCCUGCAGCAGAUGAACGAGGAGCUGGAGCGCCAAAUAGAAACCAUCGAGACCGAGAUCGAGACAUUACAUGCCAACGUCAAGAAGACGAAGAAGGGCGACAAUUCCAAGGCAGAGCGAGUCGCAGAAUUGGAAGAGUCGGUCGAGCGAAAUAAGUGGCAUCAGUCCAAACUGGAUCUGCUGCAUCGAGCGCUGGAGAAUGGCAACGUGGAGACGGAACAGGUGAAGGAGAUCGAGGACAGCAUCAAGUACUACGUGGAGAGCAACCAGGAUCCCGAGUUCAUGGACGACGACACAAUAUACGACGACUUCAACCUGCAAGAGGAGGAGGCCAUCUUUGGCCUGGGCGAGAACCUGGACCAUGUGUCCUCGCACGAGUCGCAGUCGAUAGCAGACGAUACACCCGAGUCGGACGUGCGGCCGCCAGCACCCAAGCCAAAAGCAACAGAGGCAGUACAGCAGCAAGCACGACGGCCCUCGACACAGAUGAAGUCGCCAUUACCAGCACUAGCAACAUUGCACACGCCGUUACCUGGUGUCUCAAAUACCACGGCCAACGCGAUGAAGCCCGCGCCGAUACCGACAAGGACGCCGGGCGAGCCUUUGAAGUACGCCUCGGCCGCCGCUGCUGCAGCCGCGAGUGAUAAGAAUGGAGUGGGCAUUGCCCCUCUGCCACCACCACCGGGAGGUGCCGCAGCACAGUCAGGCCUCGUUCCUGGCGGCGCACGGGCAAGUGCAACGAGUUCUCCGGCAAUAACACAUUCGCAACCGGCCUCACGCGCGCAGCCAGCGCAGUCUGCACAAGCCUCGCCAGCUCCUGCGGCAAGCAUACCCGUCACGCCUGCAGUCGAGAAGGAGACACUUUCGCGGGCCGUUUCGUCUGAAGACGCCUCAAAGUCUAGCAGAAGAACACCAGCUCCUGAAACUGCAGAGGAGGAAGAGGAGGAGGAGGAGGAGGAGUCUUCGGCUGCCACUCCGCCGCUAACCAAUGGUGACUCUCAUGCAGAAGAGGAGGAAGAGGAAUCAGUGUAUCACCUGCCGUCGAGCCUACAAGACCUCCUGGAUACAUUUGAAGCGACCAAGAGUGACAUAUCCGCCUCUGCAUCAAAACCUCCAAAUGAGCACAUGCUAGCGGCAUCUAUGGCCACUGCACCGGACUCUGCGGAUACUGAGGCGCCGCGCCACUACCGACCCCAGAAUCCCUAUCCGUUUACGCCCGCGCAUUACCCGCAAGAGCCGUUGCCCAUCUUCGAUGAUCCUCGCUUGUACUCCCGCAUUGAGACCGACGCUCUCUUCUACGCCUUCUACUACCGCCAAGGCACGUACCAGCAAUACCUGGCAGCGAAGGCACUCAAGUCGCAGAGCUGGAGAUUUCACAAGCAGUAUCAAACAUGGUUCCAACGCCACGAAGAACCAAAAGCAAUCACAGAAGACUACGAGCAGGGGACGUACCGGUUCUUUGACUAUGAAAGCACAUGGAUGAACCGUAGGAAGGCCGACUUCCGAUUUGCCUAUAAGUUUUUGGAAGAUGAGCUAUGAGCAGUGGGUUGCUUUCUUCUUACCGACCCGCAUGCUCGGCCUGUGGUAAUUGAGUUCUGUAUUAAGAUUAAGUAUUAGGUAGUCCUGGAAUGGGUCCCCGUCAUGGGCAGACAUAUUUUGCUCUUCGGAUCUCGAUAACCUCCAUCAGGGUAUCUUCGGUGCGUAUUAAUGUCCGCCCGCAGGCACCCGACCGACCACGCGUGGUGUAAUUCACGGUGAGACAAUUAUGCAUGGAUCAAAUAGCACUUAUUGAGGCUCACCUGCCAAGCACAGGCCGUCUGCC